AUGAUCUCCUACGUCAUCGCCCUCGUGGCAUUCCUCAUCUUCUUCUCCGACCCCCUCGUCGACUUCUUCUCCCCGUCGUCAACAUCCGGUGGCCGAAGCGGCACAAGCCGGAGCCGGGUGGCCCGCACGCCCCGGCCGCAGAUGAACGAGUCCCUUCUCGCCAUCGAACAUCCCAACGCCACGGCUCUGUCGUGCCCACCCGACGACUACUCUGUGCGCAUCUUUUCCAAGGAGCCGUUGGUGUUGUAUAUCGAAGGGUUUUUGAGUAUGGAGGAAAGGAAGCAUCUACUUGAGAUUAGCAACCCCAUCUUCGAACCCUCAACAAUAACCCACAACGGCGCAAACACCCACCGCGACACCUCCAUCCGCUCCUCCGACGUCGCCCUCCUCCCGCGAGACGACACGGUCCGCUGCAUCGAGGCCCGCGCCCGCGCCCUCCAGGGCUGGCGCGAGGACCUCUGGAUCGAGAGGCUGCGGACGCAGCGGUACGUCGAAGGCGGGCACUACUCGUAUCAUUUCGACUGGACCGCCAACCGCGGCGGGUGGGGGCGGGUGAGUAGUAUGAUGGCGUGGGUUGACGCGCGCGACGAGGACGAGAACGAGGUGCCACCUGGGACGGGGAACGGGGAUGGGUUGGUUGGUGGCGGGACGGAGUUUCCGUUGUUGGAGGUUCCGGGGUUGAAGAAGGAGGUUUGGUGUCGGUUUGUGGAGUGUGGGGGGAGGGAUGGUGGUGAUCAAGCUAGUGAUGGCGGUGAUGAGAAGAAGAUGGGAGGUGACGAGGAGGCCAAGGGGACUACCUUCAAGCCUGUUCCGGGCAACGCGGUAUACUGGGAGAACUUCCGGGCUGAUGGGAGCGGUGCCGGAUAUGACGAGACGUGGCACGCCGGACUGCCAGUCAUAAAAGGCGUCAAGGUCGGGCUGAAUAUCUGGAGCACUGGGAGGAUAGAGUGA